GGCCAGUAGAUAGUUCCCAUGGUUACUGACACCAUACUCCCACUUCCCCACCUGAAUGACAUAGCCUACUCUCCUACUGGCAACUUCAGAGGGCACAGGAGUGGGCACUUGCAACUUAUUACGCAUGCACAUCCCCUUGCCACGGAUUGGUCAGUGCCCUACACUUUUUACUUUCCCUCCUUCACAAGUCCCCUUAGCAACGGUCAGUGUUGAGACGAGGGAAGACGCCUCUCUGCGGCGCAGAUUGGCUGAAGCGUCGCUAGAGGGCCAGGCCUUGGCGGUCGCAGCUCAAGAACUAGCUGUCCCAGAACGGAGGCAGGACAGAGGCUGUGGUGAUCCGCGGGACGGAAGAGCGACGAGAUGAUCCGCCAAAAGUCCAGCCAAUGGCUGGGGCUGAGAAAGCAGUCGGAGCUUGAACUGCCCUCGGAACUGCAGCGGGAACCGGAGAAAGAUUUCAGCUCAGUGGGUGAAUCGGCCACGAGGAUGGGAACGGGUGUGCGGACCGAGUCGGGGACGGCCACCUCCGUGGAAGUGGAUGACGAUCCUGGAGCCAGCUUGUUCCCGCCGCCGCUGCCCCAGCCUCGGAUCUGCAUGUGGAAGUACCUGGACAUCCAUUCUAUGCACCGGCUGGAGAAGACCGCCAAUGUUGAGGAGAUGAGGGAGGUGCUGGCUGAGCUGUUGGGGCUGAGCUGUCCUGAGCAGAACCUGCGGGAGGCCAUCACCCUGGACCUCUUCUCCCAUGCACUUAUCUUCUGCCGCCAGCAAGGCUUCUCACUGGAGCAGACAUCAGCAGCUUGUGCCCUGCUCCACGAUCUCCACAAGGCCUGUAUUGCAACCCCCCUGGGCAACGUGGAAGAAUGUUACCGCUACUUCAUCAGUGUACUUUUUUGCCAUGGAGUCAGGCGGCCUCCCUUUAGCAUCGACCUCUUUAAUGAGGAACAGCUGCUGGCCCUAUCAGACUAUGUGGUCAACACCUACUUCCGCCACUUCAAGCUCUACAAAUACGUUUUUACACCCCAGGUACGGCUGGAUCUGUCUUUGACUUACGUGGGGCUGCAGCCACCCAAGCUCUGGUCAGAGGAGAAAGAAGGCAGCGAGGAAGCAGAGGAGCAGGCAGUCACUCCACAACAGCAGGAACUGGAAAUAGUGGCCCAGCCAGAGCAGGAGUCAAGCCAAGUCUCCACGCUUCGAGCCUUCAUCAAGACCCAGCUGAACAAGGAGCUGGGGAAGCUGCGACAGCUGGUGGAAGAGCAGCUCAUGGCCAGCGAGGAAAGGCUCAGCAGCAAGUUGGCUGCCCUGGAGCAGCCCUUCCAGCUGCCCCCAGGCAAAGGCAAGACCAAGACCAAGUGAUCCCCAGCAUUUUCCCC